UCCAGGAGGCACCACGCUGGAGAAACCAAAGUCCCUUCCAUGGCUGCCUGGGCCUGGGAGCUGCUGCUCCAGCUGCUGCAGCUGUUCUCCGCUGGGGCCACAGCUGGGCGGUGGAGAGGGGAGGGCACCAGCCCGCAUCUGCAGAGCAUCUUCCUGGGCCGCUGCGCAGACUACAAGCUGCUAAACUCCGACACCCGGACCAAGAACUGCACGGCUAUCUGGGAAGCCUUUCAAGUGGUGCUGGACAAAGAUCCCUGCUCUGUGCUUCCCUCAGACUAUGACCUUUUUAUUAACCUCUCCUGGCACUCCAUUCCCCGGGACAAGUCCCUGUUUUGGGAAAAUAACCACCUCCUUGUCAUGAGCUAUUCAGAGAAUGCCCGUCGCUUUAUGCCCCUAUGCGAUGUGCUGUAUGGCAGAGUUGGGGACUUCUUGAGCUGGUGUCGACAGGAAAAUUCCUCUGAACCUGAUUACCAAUCCUGCCCCACAUCAGAAGACUGUGAAAACAAUCCUGUGGAUUCAUUUUGGAAAAGAGCAUCCAUACAGUAUUCCAGGGAUAGCUCUGGGGUGAUAUACGUCAUGCUGAACGGUUCUGAGCCAUUGGGAGCCUAUCCUACCAAAGGAUUUUUUGCAGAUUAUGAAAUUCCAUACUUCCAGAAACAUAAAAUCACCCGAUUUGAAGUCUGGGUCAUGCAUGAAAUUGGAGGACCAUAUGUGGAAUCCUGUGGAGAGGGCAGUGUGAAAAUCCUGGAAGACAGACUGAAGGCCAUGGGGUUCAAGUACAGCUGUAUUAACGAUUACCUGUAG